GCGGAAGAGGCGACCAGUUACUCUCCCUAUGCACCUAUUAUUCAACCUCUAGUGUUUCCAGUGGUCCUUGUUUCCCCUCCACAAUACUCUUAUUCUUAACUUGGUAAAUGAUCUUGAUCAUUUGUCAUCUUCAUUUCUUUCAAUUUAUUUAUCAAUAAAUUAACUGAGAAGCAAACAGUAAUCAUAUUUUUUGCUUUUAUAUCAAAAAUAUUUAAAACAAAUCUCCACUACAAUCUUCUUAAAUAGCAAUUCAGAAGAACAAAUUCACAUUAUGUAUCAUGGAGACCCACUUAUGUACACAAGGUACUGAUAACGGUUAAAAAAUCGCGGGUAUACAGGUACAGGGAAGUCAUGCACAGAUCAACAUUGUGUCAAUAGGGAGGAAUGUUCGUGCAACUGUUGGAGAAAAGUUUGAUUCUUCAAUCAAUAGUUCAAGAUGUUCGGCGAUAAACUGCACAUUUUCCCAGUAUUCGUUGUGAUAUAUGUUCCUGCAUCAUUUUUUAUUACAUAUGGUAUUGCGGUGGGUAAUGGACACGUUGAACCAGGAUUUCCAUAUAUCAGUGACACGGGUACCAAAGAACCCGAAAGUUGUGUAUUUGGACAACUCUUAAACAUAGGAGCAGUCUUUGCUUUGGUUAUAUUUUAUAUACGUUAUCAGCAAAUAGCAACUUAUCAAAGUGAUUGCCCUGUCAGAAGAAUAACGAAAUGUAAUAAAGCUGGAUUGAUACUAGGAUGGAUGGCAGCUUUUGGUAUCAGUCUUGUUGGAAAUUUUCAGGAGACGAACGUUUUGGUUGUGCAUUUGAUUGGUGCUUUCCUAGCCUUUCUGAUAGGGACAGUGUAUUGUUGUGUACAAACGUAUCUCUCCUACAAACUACCCGAGAUGCCCGGUUCUUCCAGAAACCUUAGAUUAGCCAGAUUUAUUAUCUGUGUUUUAACGUUCAUCUUUAUGAUAGUCCUUUUAGUAGCAGGAAGAUAUGCAAUGAACGAUAAUCCAAACAGAUCGAAUAAAGAUAUACCUAUAGGUCUAAGCCCAGGCGAUAAGGGUUACUCGGCUCAUCUGACAUCAACUAUAUCGGAAUGGAUUAUUGCAUUUUUAAUUUGCCUUUAUGUGGCCACGUUUACGCCAGAAUUUAGAUAUUUUGAAAUGAUUAAGCCUAAGGUAACAUUCCGACAAAAAUGUGUUCGAUCUGGAAUAGCACCAGCUGACCAGUCAAACACAAACGAUGUUAUGACGAUAGAAAAUGGUGGAAAAGAUGCCAAAUACUCAAACCACUGUUCCAAGAUGUUUAGAGACCAUUUACACAUAUUUCCUGUAUUCAUAGUGGUAUACGUUCCAAUCUCAUUUUUCAUAACAUAUGGUAUUGCAGUUGGAAAUGGGCAUGUUGCGCCUGGAUUUCCGUACAUCAGUGACACAGGCAGCUUGCCUCCUGAAAGCUGUGUAUUUGGACAACUCUUAAACAUAGGAGCAGUCAUUGUUUCAGUAGUAUUCUAUAUACGUUAUAAGCAGAUAGAGACUUACCAGCACGAUUGUCCAGUGAGAAGAAUCACCAACGUAAACAGGGCAGCAUUCGUUCUGGGUCUGAUGGCUGCGUUUGGAAUAAGUCUGGUGGGAAACUUUCAGGACGUGAACGUUGUUGUUGUACAUUUGAUUGGUGCCUUCCUAGCCUUUGUGAUUGGGGCGAUUUACUGCUGUUUACAAACUUACCUUUCUUUCAAACUACCUGAUAUCCAAGGAUCCUCCAGAAAACUAGCACAAAUAAGAUUAGUUAUCUGUGUUUUAGAUUUUAUUUUUAUUGUUACAAUUUUGAUAGCAUCAAAGCUAGCAACAGAAGACAAACCAGAAGGUCUGAAGGCUCGGUGUUGGACGCCAGGUAAAUCGGGGUACGCUGCUCAUUUGACGUCAACAAUAUCAGAGUGGAUCAUUGCGUUUUUAACCUGCAUUUUUGUGGCCACAUUUACUCCAGAGUUUAAACAUUUCGAACUCAUUAAACCCAAGAUAAUUUUUCGAGAAAUUACAAGAAAAGACAUGGUUCCUGGAUUAGAGUCCAACAAGGAACCAAAAAUAAUGACAAUUAAAAAUGAAGAAGCAAGUGUAAAAUAUUGAAAAUAAAAAAAUGUGAUAAUUUUUUCUGUGAUAACAUAUACAUGUACAUAUAAAAUCAGUUUAAUAACAUGGAAAUGCUUGUCAAUCCCAAAAUUAUUAUUAUUCGUAUUAUCUCAUUAUUACCAAUGAUGUCACAAAUGUUAUUUAAAAUAUCAUUUUUUUUUAAAUUCUUACCAAACUCAACAUAUCCUGCAGUUGUUUGAACACAUUUUAUUGAAUAAAUCAAAAGGAUUGGAAACAAGCUUAAGUUCUUUUAACUUACGAGUUCCUCUCCUUAAAUAUAUAACUAUAAUAUGUUAUGAAAUCCUGCAGUUGAGUCUGAUGAGAAUAAAGCUUUGAAAUUUUAACACAAGCAGACAAAACCAUGAAACUUCACCUGUGUAUGUUUCAUUUCGACAACGGUGUCUCCCCGGCUACAUAAAAUAGACAUGU